GCACAAUAGAAUUUUCAGACAACCCCCCAAACCCAAAUCCUCACUCUACUCUUUCUGUCUUCCUCCCGAUAUUAUCUGAUCUCUCUCUCUCUUCCUGCUGCUGCCACGAAGCGUCGGCCACCUCCGCUGUGUCCUUCUUCAUCACGCACUGAAAUUAAAAUUCAAACUGAAACCCUAGCUCGUUCAAUUUGGUACAUUUUACGACAUUGUUGUAUAAAAGAGAUCAUGAGAAGGGCAGGAGAAAUGGGGCAGAGAAGACGGCAACUGAAGCAAUUGAGCGGAGGAAUGAAGGGGAUGGUUGGGAAGCUAAUAAUUGCCGCGUUUGUUGUCGUCAUUUGCACUUUCUCUCUCUUCUCUUCAAGGUCUACUAUCCGAUCUACUACUAAAACCGAGAUCAAUGUGGAAGAACUUUGGCAAACGGCGUCUUCUGAGGGUUGGAGACCAUCUUCUGCUCCUCGUACUGAUUGGCCACCUCCCCCUAGCCAGACUAAUGGGUAUCUGCGUGUUCGUUGCAAUGGUGGUUUGAAUCAGCAGAGGAGUGCAAUUUGUAAUGCUGUUCUUGCUGCUCGAAUCAUGAAUGCAACGCUAGUGUUACCUGAGCUGGAUGCCAAUUCCUAUUGGCAUGACGACAGUGGGUUUCAAGGUAUCUAUGAUGUGGAGCAUUUCAUCAGGACUUUGAGAUAUGAUGUGCGAAUAGUUGAAAGCAUUCCAGAGAUCCGUAGAAACGGAAAAACCAAGAAAUUAAAAGCUCUUCAGAUAAGACCUCCAAGAGAUGCACCCAUCAGUUGGUAUACGACUGAUGCUUUGGAGAAGAUGAAGGAGCAUGGUGCUAUCUAUCUCACCCCAUUUUCUCAUCGUCUGACUGAGGAAAGUGACAAUCCUGAAUAUCAGAGACUAAGGUGCAGAGUCAAUUAUCAUGCCCUCAGAUUUAAGCCGCAUAUAAUGGAGCUAAGCAGUGCGAUAGUGAAUAGACUACGUGCACAAGGUCGCUUCAUGGCAAUACAUCUUCGUUUUGAGAUGGAUAUGCUGUCAUUUGCUGGGUGUUUCGAUAUAUUUACCCCCAAGGAGCAGAAGGAGUUGAAAGAAUAUCGGGAAAAGAAUUUUGCCCCUAAAAAACUUGUGUAUAAUGAGAGACGCGCAAUUGGAAAAUGUCCUUUGACUCCAGAAGAGGUUGGUCUCAUCCUACGUGCAAUUGGUUUCGAUAACUCCACUAGAAUCUAUCUUGCUGCUGGUGAUCUUUAUGGUGGUGAACGUUUCAUGAAACCUUUUAGGUCCCUUUUCCCACGUCUUGAAAACCACAGUACCGUUGAUACUUCAGGACAGUUAGGAAAGAAUUCUAGGGGUUUGCUGGGGUCGGCUGUGGAUUACAUGGUUUGCCUCCUUGCAGAUAUUUUUAUGCCCACCUAUGAUGGCCCAAGCAACUUUGCUAACAACCUCCUGGGUCACCGCCUGUAUUACGGUUUUCGAACAAUAAUCAAGCCAGACAGGAAAGCUCUUGCACCAAUUUUCAUUGAUCGAGAAAAGGGGCACUCAGCUGAUUUUGAAGAAGCUGUAAGAACUGUAAUGGCCAAGACAAGCUUUGGUGGUCCCCAUAAGCGGAUUUCCCCUGAAUCAUUCUACACCAACUCAUGGCCUGAGUGCUUUUGUCAGACAUCGGCAAAGAAUCCUGCUAAUAAAUGCCCACCGGAAAACACCAUGGAAAUAUUACAUAGCCAGUUAGAGAGUGAGGGUCUCGGUGAUCUCUCAGCAACCCAAUCAAACUUGACUGUUGCUGGCGCUUAGAGAUGAAAGAUAGAUAUUCACCCUUAAUGGUCAUAUAUUACUAUCUGACAUCAAUAGAAAAUAUUGGAUGGUGUGUGUCAUUUCUACAAGAACAGGUUAUCGUACCAAGUGUUUUCUUUCGAUGCAUCGAAUAUGGUGAUAUAGAUGACGAGGCUUUGCGGAACACAGUUACUUUGCGAAUUGAGAGCAGUUGAUAUGAGCAUAUCUUGUAGUAUAGUCGGAAGAAACAGGAGUGGUGAUCAGAUAGAUAGGUGGAGAUGACUGCUAUACAAACCCGAAAUUUUAACCUGGUCGUGUUUAAUGUUUGUAUAGGGGCAGCUGACAGGCCACAAGCCUUUAUAUUUUACUAGAAGGUUUUGUGAAUAGGCGGGAAAUAUACUCUUGUAAUGUCUCGUUGUUCCUUAUGUAUCUGCAGUGAUAGUUGUUAGUUCUGAAACUUUGAUUACUGUUAGUCUGUUACAAAAUCAUUUCCAGAUAAAGCUAGUGUAAUUCUUUUCAGUCAAAAGCUAGUAUCAAUAUACCAUAACAUUUUGGAGCAUUUUUAUCAAUAAGUUUCUCUUUCUUUGGUA